AUGAAUGAUGAUUUAGAGGAAAAGAAGGAGGAAGGAGAUGAUGAGGAAUUUAUAGAGAAGUUGAUAAGAUGGACUGAGGAGAAUAAGAAGUGGACCAAGGGACAAGAGGAACGCAUUACGGCAUACGUUAGCCCCUAUGCGGAAAAGUUGGAUGUGGGCCCCUUGUUAGUUGAGGCAGCAGAAUGUUGUACCCCGGACAGGAGAAAGAAAUGGCAACGUAAGUGGGGAGAGGCGGCGAAGAGAGUUAUGUCUCAUAGACAAUAUGAGAAAACCAGGAAGGGUCAGGCAGCAGGAGUAAUGCCCCUCCGAAGGGUUUAUGACCCACCGGGACCUCCAGGGCCUGGUGGGGUGGAGGCACCACGGACCUACACGGUCCAGCAUAUACCCUUUUCAAGUGCAGAUGUUUGUAAUUGGAGAAAUCAAAAUCCUUCCUUUGAGGAGAAUCCAGCAAAAAUUAUAAAAUUGUUUGAAGGGAUUUUUAAAACCUAUAAUCCCACUUUUGAUGAUGUGCAGUAUUUGAUGGAUGCGCUGUUAACCACAGAAGAAACUAGGCGAAUCCAUGUUGAAGCCCGAGUACACAUGAGAGCACAGGGAACACCGGAUCCAGACAUUAUAACAGGAUACCCUGAUAGUACACCGAAUUGGAAUUAUCAGACUACUGAGGGCCAGAAAACCCUCACUACCUACCGCCAGAAUGUGUUAAAUGGUAUGAGGAGGGCAGCCAGGAAACCCACCAACUUUGUGAAGGUCAGAGAGGUAGUGCAGGGGAAUGAAGAGGCCCCAGGGGCUUACCUGGAACGCCUGAAGGAAGCCUACCGUCAGUAUACUCCUGUAGACCCAGAUGAGGCUGCCAACGCCCUUAUUGUAAAGGCUGCUUUUGUAGCUCAGGCAGCGCCCGAUGUCCGCCGAAAAAUUCAAAAACACGAGGGUUCCUGGGACAGACCGGGCCCAGCUGCUUUAGGUUCCCGUGAGCCCAUGGUCAAAAUACAAACAGGGAACCAAACUAUCCCCUUUAUGGUUGACACAGGAGCCGCCCACUCUGUUUUGCCCAUGCCAGUGUCCAAGCCCACCAAGCAAACAAUUAACAUAAUAGGAGCCACAGGGAAAUCACAAAGAGCCCCCUUCUUGCAAUCUGUUGCCUGUUGCCUGGGCGGCCAAGUAGUCCAACACAAGUUUUUGUAUAUACCAGAGUGUCCCAUCCCAUUAUUGGGCCGAGACCUGCUAUCAAAAUUGCAAGCCCAGAUUUCCUUUCAACCGACAGGAGAAGUGACAAUGACUACAGGGCAAACAGGAGAGCUUUCCUUAGAGGUACCCUUAAGGGAACACUGGCGCUUAAUGAUGGUAAAAGAAGAGGAGGGGACUAUUCCAGAGGACCUCCUGCAAGAAGUUAACCCUGGUGUAUGGGCAGAAAGCAACCCACCCGGAAUGGCAAAGAACAUCCCACCUGUAAUAGUUAAGCCCAAGCCAUUUGCUAACCCUGUGGCCGUGAACCAAUACCCUAUCCCCCGGCGAGCUGCAGAAGGAGUAUGGAUACAUUUGGAACGGUUGCUUCGCCAUGGCAUCCUGAGACAGUGUCAAUCUCAGUGGAACACCCCACUCUUGCCGGUAAAGAAGGAGGAUGGCACGUACCGCCCGGUCCAAGACCUCCGAUUGGUCAACCAAGCCGUGGAAACCCUCCACCCCAAUGUGCCCAAUCCUUACACGCUGUUGAGUUUAAUACCUCCUACUGCCUGCUAUUUCACGGUACUGGACUUGAAGGAUGCAUUCUUCUGCUGCCGUCUGGCAGAGGAAAGUCAGCCCCUGUUUGCAUUUCAAUGGAUGGAUCCAGGAACAGGCACCAAGGUGCAAUAUACGUGGACGAGGCUUCCACAAGGUUUCAAGAAUUCUCCAACCCUUUUUGGGGUAGCAUUGGCCUCGGACCUGUCUAGCUUCCCCACCAGCCCACACAGGGUCUUGUUGCAGUACGUAGAUGACCUUCUUUUGGCCUGUUCAGACGAGGACACGUGUAUGAAAGCCACCAAGGAUUUGUUAAAUCACUUGGCUGAAGCAGGAUACCGAGUAUCUAAGAAAAAGGCCCAAAUAUGCCAACCCACUGUAAAAUACCUUGGGUUUGAUAUAUCCCAUCAGCAACGGACCCUUAGAGAAGAAAGGAAGCAAGCCAUUAUCCAGAUUCCAGAGCCAAAGAAUCGCAGAGAACUUCGUGGCUUCUUGGGCUCGGCAGGAUUCUGUAGAAUAUGGAUCCCUGACUUCAGCACAAUUGCCAAGCCUCUGCACGAGUCAACCAGAGGAACUGAAAAGGACCCCUUUGUGUGGGGAGAGGAGCAACGGCAGGCCUUCAAGGAUCUGAAAAGGGCAUUGCAGCAAGCACCAGCGCUGGGUAUCCCAAAUCCUGAGAAGCCUUUCUCCCUGUUUGUGGAUGAAGACCGGGGAACAGCGAAGGGAGUGCUAUGCCAAAAAUUGGGGAGCUGGCAACAGCCCGUGGCAUACCUAUCUGAACGCCUGACGCCCACAGAACAAGGUUUACCGCCAUGUAUGAGAGCAGUUGUGGCAGUAGCCACCCUACUGAACAAAGCUGACAAAUUUACUUUUGGCCAAGACACUGUUUGUGUGACUCCGCAUGCAGUCCCAGCACUGCUUGACAUGAAGGGUACCUAUUUCCUCUCCCAAGCGAAGAUGAGAAAGUGUCAGAUGUUAUUGUUGCACCCACGUUUGAAGUUCCAGGUCACCACCGCCCUCAACCCAGCUACCCUGUUGCCGGUAGGAGAAGGUGAGGAGCAGACGCACGAUUGCAUUGAAGUAAUGGAUGAAGUAUAUUCCAGCAGGCCUGAUCUCAAAGACGAAGCAGACCCCCACUGGCUUUCAUGGUUUGUGGAUGGAAGCAGCUUUGUCGAGGCUGGGCAGCGAAAAGCAGGCUAUGCAGUGGUAGCCCUGGACGACCAGGUGGUCGAAGCAAAGUCACUCCCGCCUGGAACAUCGGCCCAGCUGGCAGAACUAACUGCGCUUACCAGAGCCUUGAGCCUGGCAAAGGAUCAGAAAAUAAACAUUUAUACAGAUUCUAAGUAUGCAUUCCUGACCUUACACGCCCAUGGAGCCUUAUGGAAAGAGAGAGGUUUGCUUACCUCCAGAGGAAACCAGGUGGCCCACCCACAAGCUUUGUUGAACCUUCUGGAUGCUGUAUGGGAGCCUGAAGCGGUAGCGGUUAUCCAUUGUUAUGGACGCACAACUGGACCAGGGGAAGUGGCCAGAGGAAAUCGAUUGGCAGACAAAGUGGCCAAGGAAGCAGCCCGGGAACUGGCCCCAGCUCCGAUCAUUGGAGCACUGAUCCCAGAAGAGAUUUUAAGCACCGCUGACAAGCCGGCUUACACAAAACAGGAAAGGGACACUGCAGACGCCCAGGAGUUGACAUUGACCAACGAAGGAUGGUACCUCACACCUGAUGACAGGAUAUGGAUUCCAGAGUCCCUGUCUCGGCAAAUAACUCAGAGAUACCAUGAGUCAACCCACAUGGGGCCAGAUGCUACCACCAAGCAGCUGGCAAAGUGCUUCUAUAUAGCCCACCUUUAUCAACUAGCAGCCCAGGUUUCCAGAAAAUGCCUGCUAUGUCAAAAGAAUAAUCCCAGAACCGGACCACUGGCUCCCCCGGGAGUUCAGCACAGUGGAACUGCACCAAUGGAAGAUCUUGUGGUAGACUUCACUGAAUUACCCCGUUGUGGAUUAUAUCGCUACCUGCUGGUGGCAGUGUGCACCUACACCGGAUGGGUCGAGGCAUGGCCAACAAAGACUGAAAAGGCAAUUGAUGUAACCAGGUGCCUGCUUAAGGAAAUCAUCCCUCGCUAUGGGUUGCCAAGAUCCAUAGGAUCUGAUAAUGGACCAGCAUUCGUUCAUGCAGUCCUACAGGGACUGGCUAAAGCGCUUCAGAUCAACUGGAAGCUGCAUACUGCUUAUAGACCCCAGAGUUCUGGAAAGGUAGAAAGGAUGAACAGGACUCUAAAGAAUCAGCUGUCCAAGCUGACACAGGAAACCGGGUCUAAUUGGGUGGCCAUGUUGCCCUUGGCAUUACUCAGGGUCCGCAGUCUUCCGUCAAAACGGACCCACUUGUCACCUUUUGAAGUUCUGUUUGGGAGACCAGUCCCAUAUGUUAGAAUGUUAAAUCCGUAUGUUAGCCAAGAUGUGCAAUUGAAUAAUUAUGUACAGUCACUCUCCCGAGUUCUUUCUUAUCUCAACAGGUGGACCCAGGCUCGCACCCCAUGUGUGUUAACUGAACCGCUCCAUCAGUUCGAGCCAGGUGACGAAGUGUGGGUGAAAGACUGGCAGCGAGCCCCCCUACAGCCCUGCUGGAGGGGACCAUACACCGUGCUACUCUCUACCCCUACUGCUGUGAAGGUUGCCGGCAUCACCCCGUGGGUCCACCAUACUCGAGUGAAGAAAGCCAUUUCGGAUUGGACAGUAACACCAGAUCCAGAGAACUCCCUUCGGCUGACCAUCUCCAGACGCCUGGCGGACGACCGCUCUGCUGAUAUCACACCGGAAGCUGAUAUCUCAACGCACAGCUGA